AUGAAUAAAAUUCACUUAGUCAGCAAAGGGAAUGCUAAUAUUGUAAUUUCUAUUGAGAAUGAUGACAUUUUAUAUCGACUAGGUAUUAAAUUUAAGAGUUUGGAGACCAAUAAUGAAUACACUCUCAAAAAUUGGUCUUUUAUACAAAAAGAAAUAAUUCCAAUCUUCGGUAGUUAUUUAUGUCCUAUGGAACUUUGUGAUUUAAACUUAUCAUUAAAUUUAACAAAGCUUUAUUCGCAAUAUGUUUUAUUGGAUUCUAUAAAAUCUAAUUCAAUUUUCUGUUUUAAACUACCAAACUUGAAUCCACAUUUAUCCACUGCAAAGUGUUUACAUAACGAUCAUCAAACACGUUUAUUUUAUAAUAAUAUUCAAAACACUCUUAUCAUGGAAAUUAAACCUAAAUGGCUACACAAUCCGUUAGAAUAUUGCAGAAAUUGCACUCAUAAUAAAUAUAAAGGUAGAAAUAUUAAUUAUUGCUACAGAAAACUACUGUUCCAAAGAGGUGAAUAUAUUAAAGAAAUCUUUAAAAAUAUUAAUAUUCUAGAAGAGCAAUUAGGCAUUAUGAACGAUUAUUUUUCAACCGAGGAUAAUAUUCUGCAAAUUAUUUAUAAUGAACAAUCUAAAAUACAUCACCUUAUAAUUGAAAGUGGUAAUGAGGAAAAACUACCUUUACUAAUGACAUUAAGAGAUGUGACUUGUUUCAUUAAAUGGCAAUUCUUUCGGAAGAAUUUCAAUAAUAACAGGACUACCAAGUCCACAUUAAAUGCAAAUGUAGAAGCAUUAAUAGUUGAUGUUGAUUUGAAAACGCCAGAAAAGAAAAUAUAUUGGGGAAAUAUGGAAAAACAAUUAAAUUCAUACACAAAUAAGGUGUAUCAUCAAUAA